ACAGGAAUUUCACUGGGGCCAUUGGUGACCGUACAUAUUUACGGUAAAAGGCUUGUUGAGCCCGCCCUCCUCGUCCCGACGCUUGGCUUCAGCCUAGCUAGCUUGAAAUACCAGGAAAGGAGGACAGAAAGAGGGGAAAAGCGAAGAAAAGAUACGCGGAAAGGCCCAGAGAAUAAAAUACGUCUGGUACUCCUGAGAAAACGCGCAAUAUUGUUAAUCUACUAUACACCUGCCACCGCCGUGACUUUGGCUCUCUCCACCCCCCCCCCCCCCCCCGUUUUCUCGGCUCGGUGGUUUGGUGACCUUCCACCCAUGAGCCCCGCCGCCAAUUAAAGCCCCCACCUUUGACCUUGGCCUGACCUCUCACCUCUUCUCCACAAAGUCACGCCCCCUGGUGAAGUGUGCAUGGAGCAGUGCGAGAGCGCUGCCGCCCUGCUGGAGUCAGUGAGGGAGCAGGAGGUGCAGUUUGAGCAGCUGACUCGAGCGCUGGAGGAGGAGAGGAGGAGGGUGGGCCUCCCCAGCCCCUCGUCCCGCCCCCUCCCCCACACACAGAACGGCCGUCUAGGUGAUGCAGACAUAGAGCGUCUGAAACUGACUGACGGCUAUAUAAACGGGACCCAGUACAGGAUGGUGGACCCUGCUCACGGAGCUCUCGAUGAGAGCUACACUCCAGAAGACGACUCCCAGGAAGCACACUCUGUGUUCUCAGAGGAGGGCACCGCGCGGCGGGCUGACAACGGGAUCAGGAAGGUGGUGACCUCUCGCACCGUCCUCCCCGACUCCAUGUCCAUCGACGGGGGCCUCUCCGUGUCCGGCAUGGGCGGCUACAGCGCCACCCUGGACCGCGCCUACCGGCAGGGGGGCGGGGUCCCAGACUACCCCAUGGCCACUGUGCCCAGGAACUACCACUACGCCCCCUCGGGGGGCUACGACGACUACAGGCCGGGGCCUCCCGCUGACACCUACGCCAGCCUGAGCAGAGGCACGCGCGUGGACGACAGAUACAGGCCCAUGGACGGUUACAGGACCCUGGACUCUGGCUACCGCGCCCCCAGCAGGCAGCAGCUGGACCCGUACGGCGCCCAGCCCCAGGUGAGCCGCGUGGUGCGGGGCGUGGGCAGCGCCCUGGAGCUGGGGGGCAUGCGCUACGCCCCUGCGCCCUACGGCAUGGAGGACGACCAGCGCAGCCUGGGCUACGACGACAUGGACUACAGCAUGGCGCCCCCGCCCAUGCACCCGGGCUACGGAACCAUGCCCCGGCUGGGGGGCGGCGGCCCAGGCACGCUGGACAGACGCAGGCUCAGGAGCUGUGAGGACACGCUAGACGGCGACAUGGGCGGAGUGGACCCCUACGCCUGGGGCGUUCCCAUGGCGAUGGAGCGGGGCAGCAUGGCGUCGCUGGACAGCACCCUGAGGAAGGGCCCUCCCGGCUCCUGGAGGCAGCCCGAGCUGCCCGAGGUGAUCGCCAUGCUCAACUACCGCCUGGACCCCGUCAAGACCAACGCUGCCGCCUUCCUGCAGCACCUCACCUUCAAGAACGACAAGGUGAAGUCGGAGGUUCGGCGUCUGAAGGGCAUCCCCUCCCUGGUGUCUCUGCUGGACCACCCCAAGAAGGAGGUGCACCACUCGGCCUGCGGGGCGCUCAAGAACAUCUCGUACGGACGCGACCACGACAACAAGAUCGCCAUCAAGAACUGUGACGGCGUCCCCGCCCUAGUCCGCCUGCUGAGGAAGACCAGAGACCAGGACCUCACAGACACCAUCACAGGCACGCUGUGGAACCUGUCGUCUCACGACUCGGUGAAGAUGGAGAUCGUGGACCACGCCCUGCACGCCCUGGCGGACGAGGUGAUGGUGCCCCACUCGGGCUGGGAGAGGGGGAACGACGGGGGCGAGGAGAGCUGCAAGCCCCGGCACCUGGAGUGGGAGACGGCCCUCACCAACACAGCUGGCUGCCUCAGGAACGUGAGUUCAGAACGCAGCGAGGCCCGACGCAAGCUGAGGGAAUGCUCGGGAUUGGUGGACUCUCUCAUGUACAUUGUCCAAUCACAGAUCAACCGCAAAGACGUGGACAACAAGCUGGUGGAGAACAGUGUGUGUCUGCUGAGGAACCUGUCCUAUCAGGUGCACCGCGAGGUCCCCGGCCACGAGCGCUACCUGGAAGCCACGCCCCUGAAUCAGGGCCCCGCCCCCAGCGCCAACAAGGCCAGCUGCUUCGGCUCGCGGAAGGGCAAAGAUGAGUGGUUUGCCAAAGGAAAGAAAGAUGGAGACGAUGGAGGUGCAGAUCAGGUGGACAUUCCCAAGAGGCAAACGCCUGCCAAAGGCUACGAGCUGCUGUUCCAGCCCGAGGUGGUGCGUGUGUACACCUCCCUGCUGCAGGAGAGCCAGAACCCGUCUGUCCUGGAGGCUGCUGCCGGGGCCGUCCAGAACCUCUGCGCCGGCCGCUGGACCUACGGACGCUACAUCCGGGCCACGGUGCGCCUGGAGAAGGGGCUGCCCAUGAUGGCCGAGCUGCUGGCCCACGGGAACGACCGCGUGGUCAGGGCCAUGUCCGGGGCCCUGAGGAACCUGGCCAUCGACAACCGCAACCGCGAGCUGCUGGGCAAGCACGCGGUGCCCCACCUAGUGGCCGACCUGCCGGGGGGCCAGAGCCAGUCUGCACGCGCUCUGUCCGAGGAGACGGUGGUGUCCGUACUGAGCACGCUCACCGAGGUGCUCGGCAACAGCCUGGAGGCGGCCAAGACCCUGCGGGCCUCCCAGGGCAUCGAGAGACUGGUGCUCAUCAACAAGGAUGGCAAGCGCUCGGACCGCGAGGUGCGCGGGGCGGGGCAGGUGCUGCAGCUGGUAUGGGGCCACAAGGAGCUGCGGAAGCCCCUGGAGAAGGACGGCUGGAAGAAGAGCGACUUCAUGGUGAACGUGGCCCCCAGCACCAACGGCCCCAGCCGGGCCAACGGGGGCUACGAGGACAGCACUCUGCCGCUGUUGGACAGAGGAGAGAAGAGGGACAUCAUCCCACUCAACGACCUAGGCCCUGAAGCCUACUCUACACUGGACCAGAGGGAGAGGAGACACACUCUAGACAACACUCUGGAUAACACAGACACUUUAAAGCGAGGGGUCUAUGGGGGCAGAAAGGGCUCCUUGCCCCUCCUGGAUUCCUACGAUGGUUAGGCCCCUCCCCCUCCCUCUCCCCCCUCUCUCUGCAUGUUACAGCAUGAAAAAUUGAUAGUUUGCAUCACCCAGAGUGGACCUGCAGGGCUCCUGCAGCCCUACCACUGCUACUGAAGAGACCCAGAGAGACUUUCUCCUGCUCUCUCUUUAGCGCGCUCUCUCUCACCCACCCCCCUACCGCUCUCUCUCUCUCUCUCUCUCUCUCUCUCUCUCUCUCUCAUCCUUCCCCCCUCUCUCUCUCUCUCUCUCUCAUCCACCCCCCCCCCCUCUCUCUCUCUCUCUCCCUGCACCACGAAGACAGUGUGGAUUACAGAUGAGGCUGGACAUCCAAAGAAAGCGGUUGUGUUGCAAUCAGAAGAGCUGAUAUUGAAGACACACACACACACACAGACAUGAGACAUGAGGUUCAUAGUAGCAUCAGAAAUAUAUAUUCUCUCUAAUUUAAAUUAUAUUCCCUAUCUCAAGGCAAUCAUAUUUGUUGACAAUCAUAAGUUCUUUUUGUUUUGUUUUUCGGUUUCCACAACAACAUGUUGGCGUACUCUUCAUCGUUCUCCUAUGUUAUGUUGUCCUUCAUUGUGAAUCAGAUUGCUGCCAACACCUGCAUCCUGAGAUCUAGGAGUUUUGUUUUCUAGUAUGUGUAGGUAGGGUAUAAUGCUGUGUAUAUAAAAAGAGGGGCAUGUUUUGAUUCGCGGAGGAAUGUCUUGUAUGCUUUGUAGGUUUUGGACUUAAUUUAAAUCAAUCCCCCCCUCAAGGGAUUGGCUGGUCAGGAAGAUUUGAGCGACGAUCGUCCAAUAGGACUCAACGCUCAUAGACGCGGAAUGUUUGUGUUUGUUUAGGAGUUAACUUCCUCUCUCUUGUAUGUUUUUCGCUGGUUGGACAUUGGACGAGUAGCGUCCAACCAAGGCUGAUGUGAAUAAGACCUCUGAGUGUCUGUGUGGAUGGAUGAUGAAAUAAUGUGGACUGUGUGUGUGUGGCUGUGGCUGUAAUACCUUGUCAUGGACCAGACCGUGAAACAUAUUUUCAAGGAACUCCUACUGCGAGCUUUUUUUUUCUACACCUGUGAUACAUUUUUACAUUUGUUUGAAUAGUAUCAUUUUUCAUUUAUUAUUACAGUACCAAGAGCCCCACUCUCACACACCGUGGCCCCCCCCUUCCCCCGCCCUCCUCCCUGAGAUAGUAACAGGGAUGCAGUGUUCAAACACCCUGUCUGUAGGCACACCUGGCUUACUGUGACCUGUAUUUUGACACACACACGCACUACUGCCAUUGUGGUAAACAGUACUGUUUACACGCUGUAAUUUCUUAUUUAAAACACCAUUCUAACGACUACAGUACUCAGUCCACUAUGCUACAACGAUACAUCACUAAUUCCGUUAUAAUUCUGGCUACAUUGCCAUAGUCCCCACACAUCUACGGCUGCAAUGCAGUACCCCAUUGUUGCAAUAGACAAAAGCCCUUUGGCGAGAGUUACAACUAACUUUCCUAACAUUCUAGAAUGGACUGUCCCUUGUGUAACCUGCGGAAUGGAGAAUCCUGUUGGUUCUAGAAUGUUGGAAUGGCCCAUUAAUUUGUCUAUAACACUAAAAACUCAGUGCUGACGUUUAUGGUAUUGUAAUGUUUAAGUCUGUCAUCUCUACCGGCGGGAAUAAUUGGAAAGGAGGGCAUGCCAUCACUCUUUAUAACCUUGGGAGCAUGGACCAGUCAGGGAAACUGGACUUUAGACAGGCUGGGAAAAAGCACAUUUUGGUAUAUACUGUAAUCUCUUUUAGUUUUCCUUGCAUUCUUAUUUCCAUUUUGUCUGAGUUAAUGUUGUUUUUUUAUUUUGGGGGAUGGUCUGUUGGAGAUGUGGGUGAAAGGGUUAUGCAAUCUGUUUUUAUUCCACUUUUACCACUAAUUGUUUUAAAUGGCAAAAGAGACCAAUCAUCUUUGUUUUUUUAUUAUUGUUUUUCACAUACAUCGUUUCUGUAGCAUUGCCUGUCCAUGUACAAUAUUGUACUUCUCAUACAUGCCUUGGCUCUGAAAAGUUGCAUUUUUCAGUAAGAGUAUGUAACUGGCAAUACUGUUUUUAUAAAAUAAAGAUCUUUUCUCAGA